GAUUGCACACAGUGUGAAGUGCAGGUUUAACUUCUGCAGACUGUUUAAAGUUAUAAAAUUCACUGAUUUCGUGCCAGAUGUGGGGAUUGUCUGCCUAAAGGGCAAGAAAACAUCGGAACGAAUUUUUAAAGUUCCAAAUUUCUGAUGGACAAUUAAUUACCUUCCUGCUCUACUGUCUCGUGCACGGUGCAUUCCUUGAGAUAACGCGCCAACUUCGUGAUAUUGGAUCCACCACCCUGAUAUGGACAGUGACAAGGGAAUCGUGGGCCAGCCCUUGCCCCUGGCGUUAAAAAUAUAAAUGAUCGUCAAAAAUCCUUGUAUGCUCUGAACGUUGCGGAUUUUUUUCUAAAUUUUCAUUUGAAACGGAGGAAUUUGGGAAUUCAAGUUUUAUCACCGAUUUUUAUGUUUUUUUUAAGAAAUCGUGACGCAGUCUUGUUUUAAUUAUUCCGUUUUCGAUAAACUCUCCUUCACCCAAUAGAUAGCAUUUAAAGAUACACUGAAAUUAUUGAAUUCGCACCUGCCACUCCAAUGAACAAAGUUGAAACGUCAGACCGCCAUGUUCUAGGACAGUAGGGAAACAUUCCCGUCUUAUUAUUAGAUUUUGUUCUUCAACUGGGAACAACUUCUUCAAGAGACGUGUGGUGCUUUUAUUGAGAAAGAGAGGGUAAAGGAGGAAAAAACUGUCAUAUGAAAUAGAACCGUGUGUGCUUAGCAGUCUUGCGAGGAACCACAGUGUGUUAUUCAUAACAGCAGAACCAGUUAUGUAACUUUUUCUCACAAAAAGGAACUCUUAGCAUAACGUUUCGAUUUAUUUGAUUUUUGCGUUUUGUCGAUAAGAGGAAAGCUGUGCAGUGGUAUCUCGUGCUUUUGCAUUGGACUUAUAUUACUUGGAGCAAUGUGGAGAUGUGAAUUUCCAAUUUUUAAGAUUCAUUGAAUUUUCUGAGGGAAAAUAGAUUUUUCAGCAUGCGUAAUUCUCUGAGAGACUGCUUCUUGUCCUUGUGAAGAAUUUGAAAAAAAAAUCCAAAAAUCACGAUUUUGUGAACUUCAUCAUCAACAUCGUUCAAGCAGGGAGGCAGAGAUAAGAGUAAGAAUUCAGAACAGAAAAAGACGGGUUUUCCAGUGUAAGGAACUUCAGAUAUCAGAAAUAAGGAUCGGAGAAUUUUCCAAAUGAAAGGAAAUUAUCUGAUAUAACAGCGCGAGGAGGGAAAGAAAUGUACGGAAGACUUUGCUCGAGUUGAGGACAACAACUUUAACGUGUCUUAUUUUUCCAAACAGUGAAAAUGGCGGGAAAUCUAACGAAUGGAUGGACAAACAUGUCCCAAAAUUUCAAUGUACACGUGUUUUGUAACGCGACAGAGGCCCCUGAUUACUUUUCUACCCCCUUCACGGUGUUUAUCAUAGUGUGGCUUGUAAGCAUUCUGUUGGCGGACCUGAUAGGAAACACGCUGGUCAUCAUCGUCAUUAUCAAAAACCCGGUCAUGCGCGAUCCGUCCCAGACAACAAACUACUUCCUGUUAAACUUGGCUAUUGCUGACCUACUUGUGGUCCUAGUAAUACCCUUCUCAAUUCAUUCAGUUUACGUGGAAUGCUGGGAUAUGCCGCUCUUUUUGUGCAAAGUUAACUCGUUCCUGGUAACACUGUCAUUAUUAACUUCUAUUCAUACUCUCAUGUAUAUCAGUAUUCACAAAUUUAUCAGCGUUCGACGAGUGGCAGUUAACAAUGACUUUAACACCCCCGUUACACGACGAACUUGUUUUAUUCUGAUUGGUGCAGCCUGGAUUUAUGCCAUUGUAUUCAGCAUCUUAACCCUCAUUUCUGACCCUAUAUUCAAGGAGAAAACUCUACAGUGUGGGCCCAAAUAUCCCAUUUAUGGACAACUAAGUUUUUAUUUACACAUUGCUAACCAAAUUGGGAACCUUUUCAUUCCGUUGGCUAUAUUGGUAUUCUGUUAUAUUCGGAUAUUCAUAUAUAUUAGACACCAUGCUAAUAUUCAGCGCCGAAUGUCCUUGACCCCUACGGAUGCUGGUGAGAGAGGUGUUACCUUGACCCUGGUGAUCGUCCUUGCGUGUUUUAUGUUGUGCUGGUUACCGUAUACUGUGUAUACCAAUUAUGCAGCCCUUGUAGAGGACAAGAAAAACGACAUUCCAUUUUAUCUCAAUCCUUUGGCGUAUUGUUUCGGCUUUAUGAACAGUGCCUGUAACCCUGUGAUCUAUGCGUGGCGGAUCCCUAAGUUUCGUCAAGGCUACAAAGACAUCUUCAACAAGACCAAGUACAUCGUUACCAUUGUUGACGGAGGUCGUAGAGUCAAACGCGCAGUCUCUGUCAGUGUAAUUGAAAGCGAGGCUGUUCGACGGAUGUCCAAUCAAAGAACAUCCUUAAGCGACAUCCGAAUUCCCUCCAGCUGUCGAACAUCGUUGACAGAGUUUGGUAAAAACUCACCAGCACUGAAUAGUCAGAUCUAGAUCAGUUACGAUGAAAUAUGGAAAUAUAGAGGCCGGGU